AUGGGAAGCAUCAGGCUAUCUCCCUUACUUCACAGCACUCUCAUGUUUAUGAGGAAGUUCUCCUCGAAAAUAACUGUCUCAAAAACAAGCAUAUGUUCGAGGUCGAUUCUAGUUGAGAUGCCGGAGUUUUGCGAUUGCUGUUUUACAGUUGGGAUCAAGGAUUUUGUGGCGAUGUUGAGUCAAACUCAGAAGUUUACUUUGGAGGAUAAAACACUAAAAUAUAACUAUGAAGCCAGCAUAGGAGGAGAUCUGAUUAGGGUGGAAAAGAGAGUGAAAGUGUAUGAUGAGACUUACAAUAUUGCAGGAGGUGUUCCAUUACUCAGCAUUGUAGCAAACGGGUUCAAGGCUCUAAGCUCCGACGAGAUUGAAAUAAAAGCCGAGAAGACUGGAAGACUUGUAUUAGAGUCUUUUGGGGUUAUUAGAACAAAGUCUGAAUACAUAGGACUUAGGGUUCCUGAGCAUAAGGCUGAUUUAGUGACUGUGAGGGUUAGAGGAAAAGAUCUAAGGGUUCUGGAGGAAUUUAAAGGAGACAUUGUUUUCUCCUUUCUAGAUUCUCACAUACUAGCAUAUUCAUUAGGAGACGAUUUCACUGUUAUAGUGCAAAUAGGUAUUCUCAGUGCAUGA